CGCCCGCGGUGGUGAGACGUAAUUUCGUCUGGUAGCAAUCAGAUUUGAGACUUGUAUAAAGUAAAAAUCGCGAAACAGAGAUUUAAAUAAUAUCGUUUUUAUUUCUCACCUGCGUGCCUUAGAUUUACAAUAAAACAUUUAGUGCGUUUAAGCAGAAUAAUCGAUUUGUUGUGUGAAUGUAUGCAUGUAGUGAAGAAUUUAGUGUCUUAUUGGAUUGUCUGUGAUUCGUCUGGUCUGUUGGGAAUCAUAAUAAGCGAGGUGUUAAGUUGUGACGCAGAAUGCCGAUCGCUCCGCGCGGCCCUCCGCCCGUUUCAACACCGCCCUACCACCAGCCGCUCCCUAGGAGACCUAGCUUAGACCUCAAGUGUCCUUCUAUAGUCUAACAUUUUAUACGCCUCUUUUAUACCGACCCAUUAGUAAUAAGUACGCACAGUGCUUGUGUUAAGUGCCGCGCGCGUGUGAGUGUGUGUGUGUAGAUGGUGCGGCCGACAUGGGAAAGUCCUCGGCGCGAACACAUGGCCAAGACAAUGAACGAAGAAUCAAAGCUAACAACAGAGAGUACAAUGCGCAGUUUCGUUAUGCAAACAACUACAUCAAAACAUCGAAGUACUCGAUCGUGACAUUCCUGCCGCUGAAUCUGCUAGAGCAGUUCCAGCGGCUAGCGAAUUUCUACUUCCUCUGCUUGUUAGUGCUACAGCUGAUCCCGGCGAUAUCGUCGCUCACGCCGAUCACGACGGCCAUCCCGCUCAUAGGCGUGCUGUCGCUCACUGCCAUCAAGGACGCGUACGACGACUUUCAACGUCACCAAAACGAUUCCCAAGUGAAUCACAGGCGGGCUAAGACCCUGCGCAAUGGCAAGCUGGUGGAGGAGAAGUGGGCUUCGGUGCAGGUGGGGGACGUCAUCCGGCUGGAGAACGAUCAGUUCGUGGCCGCAGACAUCUUGCUGCUCAGCAGCUCGGAGCCAAACGGCCUCUGCUACAUAGAGACUGCUGAGCUGGACGGGGAGACGAAUUUAAAAUGUCGUCAGUGCCUUCCCGAGACCGCGGCCAUGGGCCAGGACGACGCACAACUGGGCGCCUUCGACGGCGAGAUCGUCUGCGAGACGCCCAACAACCUACUUAAUAAGUUUGAAGGCACGUUAAGCUGGCGCGAGCAGCACUUUUCCCUUGACAACGAUAAGAUCUUGUUGAGAGGCUGCGUGCUGCGCAACACGUCGUGGUGCUACGGCGUCGUCGUGUUCGCGGGCAAAGACACCAAGCUCAUGCAGAACUCCGGGAAAACGAAGUUCAAGCGCACCAGCAUAGAUAGGCUACUUAAUUUUCUUAUUAUAGGGAUAGUAUUCUUCCUCCUGUCGAUGUGCGUGUUCUGCACCGUGGCGUGCGGCAUCUGGGAGUGGAUGGUGGGGCGCUACUUCACCGCGUACCUGCCGUGGGACACGCUGGUGCCCAGCAGCGACCCCACCAUGGGCGCGGUGGUGAUCGCCUUCCUCGUCUUCUUCUCCUACGCCAUUGUCAUGAACACUGUCGUGCCUAUAUCGUUGUAUGUUUCAGUUGAGGUUAUAAGAUUUGCACAGAGUUUCCUAAUAAAUUGGGAUGAAAAAAUGUAUUACGACAAAAGUGGUACCGCGGCAAAGGCGAGGACGACCACACUCAACGAGGAACUCGGUCAAAUUCAGUACAUAUUCUCAGAUAAAACGGGUACCCUUACACAGAACAUAAUGACGUUCAACAAGUGCUCCAUAGCGGGCAUCUGUUACGGCGACGUGGUGGACGAAAUCACAGGCGAAACCAUCGAACUCACUGAGGCGUGCGUCGAGCGCGGCGGCCGGCGCAGCACUGGCGGCGCGGCGCGGUGCGCGCGUGCGCGGCUGCUGGACACCGAGCACCAGCAGGGCCGCAGCACGCCGGGCGCGCGCCGGCCUGCGAGCGAAGCGCAUAACACCGAGCCCUUGGAUUUCUCCUUCAACCCAGAAUACGAGCCGGAGUUCAAGUUCUUCGACUCGACGCUGCUGGAAGCGGUGAAGAGAGGGGAUCCGGAAGUGCACGAUUUUUUUCGGCUGCUCGCGCUUUGCCACACGGUCAUGCCGGAACAGAAGAAUGGGCGGUUAGAGUACCAGGCGCAAUCUCCAGAUGAGGCGGCUCUGGUAUCGGCCGCCAGAAAUUUUGGUUUUGUGUUCAGAGAACGCUCGCCUAAUAGUAUUACAAUAGAAGUUAUGGGGAAUACAGAGGAGUAUGAUUUGUUAUGUAUAUUAGAUUUUAAUAAUGUUAGGAAAAGAAUGUCCGUGAUAUUGAGGAAGGAUGGUGAAAUUAGGUUAUAUACAAAAGGUGCUGAUAAUGUAAUAUACGACAGAUUAAAAUCAAACCAAGCGGAAGUGAAGACGAGAACACAGGAGCAUUUAAAUAAAUUCGCGGGCGAAGGUCUCCGAACCCUGGCUCUAGCGUGGCGGCCGCUGGAGGAGCGCGGGUUCGCGGAGUGGAAGCGGCGCCACCAGGCGGCGGCGCUGGCGCUGCACGACCGCGACGAACAGCUCGACGCCAUCUACGAAGAGAUCGAGACUGAUCUCAUGUUGAUGGGUGUCACUGCGAUAGAAGACAAAUUACAAGAUGGCGUUCCGGAAACGAUAGCGAAUCUCAGCAUGGCAGGAAUAAAGAUCUGGGUAUUAACAGGAGAUAAACAAGAGACUGCAAUUAACAUCGGUUACUCAUGUCAGCUGUUAACCGACGAUAUGGCGGAGGUGUUCGUGAUAGACGGGAUCGCGUACGACGAUGUGGAGAGACAACUGGCCAAAUGCCGGGACUCUAUUCGCGUUGUUAACACGUUUCUUCCUCACGGCCCUCUAGCGAAAUCGCCGUCAGAAGCGAACGGCACGCGGCCGUCGCCGGCGCGCGCCGCCAACGUGAAGCUGAACGCGCCCGCCGUGUCCGUCGUCACAUUUAGGUGGGGACAUAACUCAAUACCACACGACAGCAAUGAGUACGUGUCGGGCGGCGGGCCGUUCGCGGAGUCGCACGAGCCCGCCAACGACGACUCCAACGGGUUCGCGAUCGUCGUCAACGGGCACUCGCUGGUGCACUGUCUGCAUCCCAAGCUGGAGGAGAGGUUCCUGGAAGUGGUGCUGCAGUGUCGCUCGGUGAUCUGCUGCCGCGUGACGCCGCUGCAGAAGGCGAUGGUGGUGGAGCUCAUCAAGAAGAGCCGCAAGGCCGUCACGCUCGCCAUCGGGGACGGCGCCAACGACGUCUCUAUGAUCAAAGCGGCGCACAUCGGCGUAGGGAUCUCCGGGCAAGAAGGCAUGCAAGCGGUGCUCGCCUCAGACUACUCGAUCGCGCAGUUUCGCUUCCUUCAGCGACUAUUAUUGGUCCACGGACGGUGGUCCUACUACCGAAUGUGCAAAUUCCUGCGAUACUUCUUCUAUAAGAACUUCGCGUUCACCGUGUGCCACUUCUGGUUCGCGUUUUUCUGCGGAUUUAGUGCGCAGACGGUGUUCGACGAGAUGUUCAUAUCCGUGUACAACCUGUUCUACACGUCGCUGCCGGUGCUGGCGCUGGGCGUGUUCGAGCAGGACGUGUCGGACGCGACGGCGCUGCAGUUCCCCAAGCUGUACGCGCCCGGCCACACCAGCCAGCUGUUCAACAAGACGGAGUUCAUCAAGUCCACGCUGCACGGCUGCUUCACGUCGCUCGUGCUGUUUCUCAUACCCUAUGGUACUUACAAAGAUGGAUUGGCGCCUGAUGGCAAGGUCUUAUCGGAUCACAUGCUGUUAGGAAGCGUCGUAGCUACUAUAUUAAUUAUUGAUAAUACUACACAAAUUGCCCUGGACACGACGUACUGGACGGCGUUCAACCACAUAACAAUCUGGGGCUCGCUCGUGUCGUACUUCGUGCUGGACUACUUCUACAACUACGUGAUAGGCGGCCCAUACGUCGGCUCGCUCACUGUAGCGUUAACGCAGCCCACCUUCUGGUUCACUGCCGUUUUGACCAUGAUAAUCCUGAUGGUGCCGGUGGUGUCGUGGCGGCUGGCGUGCUCGUGGACGCGGCCCACGCUGGGCGAGCGGCUGCGCGCGCGCCAGCGCCGGCGCGCGCCGCCCGCCGCGCCGCGCACGCCGUCCGCGCGCCGCGCGCGCCGCUCCGUGCGCUCGGGCUACGCCUUCGCGCACCAGGAGGGCUUCGGCCGCCUCAUCACGUCCGGCAAGAUCAUGCGCCGCAUCCCGCACGCGGACGCGGCGCUGUCGGCGCUGGCGGCGCUGCCCGGCAAGUUCCACGCGCGCGGCUCGCCGCCCGCCUCGCCCGCGCCCGCCCCCGCGCCCGCGCCGCGCGCGCCCACGCAGAACCUCGCCACGGUCGACUUAUGAGCCGCGGCCGCUCGCAUUGUGAUAACGUUGAUAGAUUUAAAGAUUCGUAUUAUUGCCUAUAUUGAAUUAUAUUUGUUGAUCGAAAUAUAUAUUGAUAGAUAUUUAUUACGGUACGUACUAAGAUUACUCUUUUAUAUUGGAGAAGCGUAGCUAGUUUUCGUAACGUUCCUUUACGUGUGUAGACGUGCAUAGUUUCGUUACCGCCGGCACCUGACACCGCGCGCGUCACCUCGGACGCGGACGUUUUUAAAGUGAAAAUAGAAUUUCUACCGAGACCGUGAUGUGUGGAUGAUGAGAUUGCGACUGUUCCCGCGUACUGCUACAUUCGUCGGUUGAGGACGGCCCGCGGGCUCACGAUGUACUUAGUUAUCCUCGCGCCACUUUGGGGCUCUUUAUAUUUUCACUUCUCGUAGCAACCGCCCGCCGCCGCCCACCUCAUACGACCGGCUCUAUCUGUUGAGCUUAUUAAGUAUUAAGUUUUACUUUCGUUCUUUUUUACUUUUAUUUUCAGUGUCUGAAGUCAUAAUAAAAUGUGCAUCUUAAACCAAACAAAUUGAAGGUUACGGACAGUCAAUAUGUUAUAUAAUAAUAGAAACAUAUCUUUGUAUAAAUUCUGUGAUUAUUUUUUAUGUGCCUACUUGUUUACAUAAUCUUCUAAAAAUUAAAACAUGUAAUUUAUUUAUGUAAGUGUACUUAAGUUUAAAUUUUCUCAAAUAUUUGCACGCUUACUUCUUUCCUGUAACCUGUGGAAACAACCAUUAUAGUUAACAACGUUUCUUUUACCUGUUCAUAAUUUUUUAUAGUAUGCAGUUUAAAAAAAUUGAUCUUUAGUGUCAUUAGUGCCAAAAUCAACACCAAAACAAAUGCAAUUUUCAUAGUUAAAUUUGCAUAUUUAUGCUGUUUGUAUUUCUUUUUGUGAUAAUAUAAAAUAUUGACUGUCAGUGUAUAAAAUCAAUGUUAUAAAAUAAAUAUAUUUGCU